AUGUCCCAACGGGGAAAGGACCCCCGCACAGUUGUGCGUCGGGAUCUCGCAGACCCGACGAAAAUCGUCCCCACGACGGAACUGGGGACGUUUUAUUCUCGCCCAGCACCCAAGGGCAAUCCCUCCGCCCUCGCGGGAAGCGGCAAUGAUGCCGCCGACCGGGAACAAGGCGGAGGGCAAAGGGCCGCACAACCCGGCCCCUCUAAACGGCGCACGCCGCCGUCGCCGCCCAUUAGAGGCGACAAGCGGAGGGACACCGAGGAGUCCCCUCCAUCUGACCUCGACCUAGAAAGGUCACCACCGAGGCCGCAAAUGCGCCUCGUGGACAGGGACUACCAGCCCCUGUCCGUGUCUAGUACCGUGCGGCGAUUGUCGCUAACCCCCCCCCCCCCACCGCGCUCACCCUCACCCCCGGCCAAUAGCGGGGGUGAAGAAGGCAGGGAGGAUGAGUAUUACUACGGCGGCGCUUAUUCGUCGCCACAAUCCCCGAUGCCCACUCCCCGCGCAUUGCCCCGAUCAUUCACACUGAACCGGGGCGAUUUCGACGCGACGUCAUACACGGGCAUUCAAACCGACCCGUCCACCGAGUCGGUCCCACCUCCCGUCCCGUCGCCGAGGACGAGGACCCCACCGUCGUUCGCAGCGGUAGCGGCGGGACCGCCUACCCCGACCGCCGGCACAGUAAACGCGCCGGUAGCGUCGGCCCCCCCCCAACCCACGGGGAGUGAAGGGCCUGCCACACAGGCGGCGAAAUACCCGCCAAUAGUGGCAGAGAGGUUGCCCAAUUGGACCCGUCACUUUACAAACCUGACGAAGGUCCUGGGUGAGGCACCCAAUGCUCGUCCCUACGGCACGGGAUUCCGGUUUCUCCCGAAAUCGGACACAGAAUUCCGUGCCGUACAAAAGUACCUAGUGGAGGCCGGGGAACGCGACCCGGCCAUAAGCUGGUAUUUCUACAGCCUGGCCUCGGAGCUGCCAACCAAAACAGCCAUAAGAGGCCUCCCAGCCGAUACCCCCAUUGACAGCAUUGUGGAAGCGUUAGAGCUCAAGGGGUUCGGGGUGCGUCUGGUGCGCGGCAUACCGGCGCGCCGCGGCCGCCCUGGGGCUGUGUGGAAACCGCACACAGCCAACGACCGCAAGUGUGCGGUCUACAAGAGGGAGGCCAGGCAGAGGGGCAUGAAACCCCGCCCCCCCUUCCCCCCAGUGCCUAAUACAGUGCCCAGGGCGCCUCAACGUCGCGGUAUACCCACCGCGACGCCGCGCACAUACGCGGCGCAAGUCCCCCCGCCAGCGGUUAUUGUAGCGGUGGUCGCGGGCGCCUGUCUAAUGGCGCCGGCAAACGAGCCGACGCAACGCGGCGCCGGCGCCGCUGCUCCCAAAAAGCGGCGCCGGCGCAGGCGCGCUAAAAGAAGGACCGGCGGCGAGCCAGUGAAGGCGUCAACGCCGAUCCCCACUCGCCAUGUCCAGACAGCCACAGUUACAGAAAAGGGCCCCCGAGAAUUAACAGUAACAACUCAAAAACAGCGGGGCCCGCAAGCCGCGCCUCGCCGCCGCCAGGCGGCGCCACCAGCAUAUAAUACGCCGAUUGUGGCUGCCGGGCCGCUAUUGGCUGGCGCACAAAACGCGCCCCCCGCACCUCCCGCACCCCAGGUAACGCGCUCGGCGCGCAGAUUGCCCGCGACCCAAAAAACACACAAGCGCCCGUCAACAGUGCAUUAG